UUUCGAUACCCCUACGAUGUUCUACCACUGCAUCUUUUUAUUGGUCCUUACUAUACUUUCCUACUUCUUGUACUUCCGUAAGAAGUACAACACAAAGACACAUGCCCAUAUACAAAAGAAAGAGUACGUUAGGCUUAGUAUUGAAGAUGAUAAUACGUUAUUUGCACUGCUGUGCGUGAAUAGAAGCGAGCCAAGGAUUGUUGAAUAUAAAAAGGGAGAAUUGGUGAAUGUUGUUGGAGUCAUAUUGGAAGGAAAGGUUUGUUUGGAGAUUAGAGGAAGGUGCUAUGGAACGAAGAGUGGGGGUGAGUUUACGAUCGGGUUAGAUGAGAUGAUACGACGGAUUGGUCAUAAUGAGGAAGAAGGAGUUGAUAAUGAGGAAGAAGGAGUUGAUAAUGAGGGAAAAAAAGUUGAUAAUGAGGGAGAAGGAGUUGAUAAUGAGGGAGAAGGAGUUGAUAAUGAGGGAGAAGAAGUUGAUGUGAAGAUAGGAAAGAUAAAGAUUAUUAACGGUGAAGAAAGGGUUGAUGAGAAGGAGACAGACGAACUGAAGGGGAGGUGGUACAAUAAGAACAGAGGAGAUGAUACCAUGCAGUGUGGAAGGAACAUCUUGAAAGAACAUAAAAAAAAACUAUGGACAAAGGACCGGUCAAGCAGGAAUAGAAAGAAAGUAGAACAGACUGAUCAUCAUGUUACAACAGGUGUAAGGCUUAUCGCUAAGACCGAACUAAAAGUACUCGUUAGCAACGAACGUUUUAAUUCGUAUGCUGUGUUUUUGUACUUAAAAAAGAUUAUGCAUUUAUGCACAAAACAUUUCAAAUUAAAACGCUUGCUCAUGAAGCAGGACGUGAUAGCACGUGCCAGGAUCACUAAGGAGUUCACGUACGAAGAGAGCACCGUGAGGAACGAGUUUAUACGAGAGGGCGUGAUAUGGGUGGUACACGGACAGGUUGAGGUACGUGCAGGAAAUUCUUGCAUAAUCGUACGUAGGGGUGUGUAUGGCAUGGUAAAUCACUUCUUGAGAAACAUGCAAUGCACCUUAAAAGCGUGUGGCACCGUAACAUACAGACGUAUAAACAUGGACACAUUCUCACACGAUGAUUUGCUUGCAUUCAUGCGUAUGACAUACACGAUGCGUGCGAUAUGUGCAUGCAUAGAUUGGCAGGUACAUGGCAGGUGCACCAAAAAAUUUAAAGAUCUUGUAUUCCUUGAUUGUGGUCGUGUACAUUGCAAUGGUGCGUACUACACCAAGGGCUGUCUGAAUACACACGAGCUGAUGGAGUAUAAGACGAGUACUGUAAGAUUUGUAAAGAGGAGUUACGUGCUGGUAAUGAAAAGAAGGAUGUUUAGAAACCUGGUGAAGAAGUGCUACGGGCGAAGAUUUAUUAAAAGAAUGGGAGCUGAGAAUGAGAGGAGAAAGGUUGUGGUGGUGAUUGGAAGGGAGAGAGAAGAGAGUUUGAGGUUCUUUGGGUGUUUGGAGAAGGAGAUGAUGGUUAAGGAAGGUAACGAAGCUGAUGAUGAGUAUGGCGGUAAUGUAUAUGAUGAUAAAGAUGGGGAUAGAAAAGGCGAGCAGAAAACAGUGAGUGCUAACAGUACUAUAAAAAGGAGGCGCGCUGUCAAUGAAGAAAUUAAUGAAAAAAAUGAUGAGGAAGAAAAGAUAACUGCAGAAUACACUGAAAAUAUAAAUAUGGAAAAUGUAGAGGAGAGCUGUACUGCCAGUAUUAAUUAUCUUAAACCGUUCCAUACGGAUACACGGUGCAACGGGCAAGGUAAUACCAAGCACACCACGGUAUGCACAUCGCUACAGGUGCGGACACCAAAACACAGCAGCAAAAAGAACGCUAAAAGGUUCUUAGCAAUAAGACACUGCAAUUUUAGCAAAAUGGGCGAGCUACGAUUCCUUGAACUGAUCAAGGAUGUGGAGAUUGUCUUGAUAUACGUAGAAAACUACUUCAGCAGGUUGAUGAGUUUCUUGGUGAAUUAUGGCGAUUUAAUCUUGGCGGUGAAUUUGGAAAAUGCUACUUUUGACUUUGAGGUGGAAGACGUGGUACUUUACGAAGAGCGUAGCAGUUCAGGGGUAUCAAUGGGUAAUGGCAGAAAGGGUCACAAGAUAUACAGUCCGAGCGAUAAGAGCACAUUCUGCAUGAAGGACUACGAGCGACUCUGCAGGUACAUACGUGACGAGUGUGUUGGUUUGGUGCUGGGCGGGGGUGGUGCGCGGGGCCUUGCGCACGUAGGCAUAAUCGAGGCCCUUCUCGAGUACAACGUGCCAAUUGACAUGGUGGGCGGUACAUCGAUGGGUGCAUUCAUUGCCGGUUUGUACUCGAUCAGCAUGGACAACUUUAUCGUGUUUUCGCGUGUUGCCCACUUCUGCAAGCGCAUAAGUUCGCGUUGGCGUGUUUUUAUGGAUCUUACCCUUCCACUGUGCUCGUUCUUCACCGGACAUUCGUUCAACCGCGUAUUGUACACCAUCUUUGACAAACGGCGCAUCGAAGACACGUGGAUACAAUUCUUUUGCAUAACUACAAAUUUAUGCACAUACGAGGAAAUAAAACAUGUAAGCGGUCUCAUGUGGCGGUACAUACGUGCAAGCAUGAGCAUAGCAACCAUUCUACCACCCGUGUGUGACAAGGAUGCGCUACUGCUCGAUGGCGGAUACACAAACAACGUGCCCGUCGAUAGAAUGCUUGAGCAGUGCAGCCGUAUAAUAGCGGUAGAUGUAGGCAGCGUAUCUGACAAUGAAUUUACACCGUACGGUGAUGCGCUGUCCGGUACAUACGUACUGCUCAAUAAGAUGUUCACAUCCAGCAAGUACAUCUCGUACAAUGAGGUACAGUACAGAUUAGCAUUUUUAUCAUCGGCGUACAAACAGAAGAAGAUUGUGCAGGAUGGUAAUGUUGUGCUUAUUACGCCUAAGAUACCGUACAGAACGGAUGAUUUUGAUAAGUAUAGUGAGAUUAUUAGUGUGGGGUACGAAUGUGGUAAAAGAGAAAUUGGGAAAAUGAAAGAUAGGGGUGAGUAUAGGCAGUUCUUUGGAAAGAUGAAGAGAAAGAGACGUAUGAGUAUUUGA